AAUUAACUGCUCCGCUGAAUACCUUUACUAAAGCCGACUGCUAGCGAAACCACCAAUACAACACUCAUAUUAUAUUACCCAACAAAAAGUAGAGAGAGAAAUAGCCGAAGAAAGCGUUCAAUGUUCUUAAGCGCAUGACAUCCAAUUCAAGGAUUAGCAAGUUAGGGUUCUGAGAGCUCUCUGAUUUCAGGUACAUUCGCAGAUCUGAAGUACAUUCCGUUCAAAAAAAAAGUUGAAGGAUACACCAGUUCCAAUCAUCAUCUGUCAAAACAAUGGGAAAAUCUCCAGGAAAGUGGAUCAAGACUAAACUUUUUGGGAAAAAAUCAUCGAAAUCUAAUCUCUCUAAAGAUGCUACAUUAGAAAAGAAGACCUCGAUCACUUCUAAGGCAACCUCAAAGGAUUUGGAUGAUGAUUCCAUGGUGAUUUCAAGCCCAGUUCCUCUUGUUAUGCGUGUUAGUGAAGAACAUACAGAGUUAGAGAAGACUUCAAGUGUGAACCUAACGAAUAGUACAAGUGAAGUUGCAAGAAGUACCACUGUGCUGAAUACUGAAAAUGAAGAUGAGUCAAUCAGACUAGAGCAAGCUGCUAUCAAAGCACAGGCAGCUUUCAGGGGCUAUUUGGCUCGUAGGACAUUUUUGUCUCUCAAAGGUAUCAUACUUCUUCAAGCCCACAUUCGUGGUCAUUUGGUGAGAAAACAAUUUCAACUCAAAGUCCGCAAACCAAAUCUCGAGGGCAAUCUGGUCAUUUCCACUGAAACUGAAAAACCCAAACCCACUUUAAGAAAAGUAUCAACCCAACAACCAGAAUCAAUCCCUGAACAAUCUCAUAGUGAACUCGAGAAGGUCAAACAAAGUCUACGCAAAAUUUCCGUAUCAAUGGCUGCAGCUUCUGGACAGGGUCCACCUCCACCUCCACCCGAGCCUGAGUCCGAGCCUAAGCCUGAGCCUGAGCCUGAACAGGGUCCCGCUGACCCCGAGCCUGAAACCGAACCUAAGCCUAAACCUGAGCCUGAACCCGAGCCUGAACUGCCUGUGAAUUUGGAGUCAAAUGGGAAAGAACAUUUAAAAACAAAAAGGAGGAAAUCUCUUCCGGCGAAACAAGAGCAUGUUGAAUGUGUAUUGCAGAACACACCUGUUUUACCGAGUUAUAUGGCGGCAACUGAAUCCGCUAAGGCGAAGCUUAGAGCACAGGCGGUAGCAGAAGAUGGUGGUGAAAAUGGUUUCAUCAGGCGGCAUUCAUUGCCAUCGUCGACUGGAAAACUGAGCUUGCAGUCGCCUAGAGUUCAGAAGCCUUUACAAGCCAAUGGCAAAGGAUGGAUUAAAAGUAACAAAGCACAAAUAUGUGCGAAAGAUGAUAAGAUGAUGCAGACAGGGUGGAAGAGGUGAGUGCAGAAUUUGGCUAAUUCAUUGAACGGGUGUGUUGUUGUUGACUUGUGGUAUAUUAUUAGACGUUAAAAUAACUUUUAGCUGGUUUAUUUUAUUUUAUUUAUUAUCUAAUUUUAUUUGUUCCUUUUGGGUGUAUUAGUGAAUGUGUCCAAGUGUAUAGUGAUGGGCCCUAAGUUUGUUUGUGUUUUUUUUUUUUGGGAGAAAUUUAAAGAUCAUUUGGUUUGUUUGGUUUGAGCAUCUUGGUCCUUGGAUAGUUGGAUGUGUGGGAUAUUGUGAUUAUGCUUGGAUGCAAUGUUUCUUAAACAUUUUUUUUUUUUCA